GUUUGUUAUAUAAAUAGGACUCAUUUGAACAAGUUGUAUUUUCCCUUCUCCUCUUCUCUAAUCUCAUCAUCUCUUAUAACAAAACAUGUGUGGUAUCUUUGGUUACUGUAACUUUCUCUGUGAAAAGUCUCGUCGUGAAGUAUGUGAUACUCUCUUGAACGGUCUCUCUCGUUUAGAAUACAGAGGUUAUGAUUCUGCUGGUUUCGCUGUUGAUGGUGAUAACGAUGAUAUUCUCAUCAUGAAGCAAGUUGGCAAGGUCUCUGCCUUAAGAAAACUUGUUGAUGAACAACCUCUUGACUUUAGCAAGCCUUGCAUCAGUCAAUGUGGUAUGGCUCAUACUCGUUGGGCUACUCACGGUCAACCUUCUCAAAUCAACUCUCACCCUCAACGUUCUGAUGAAAGCAACGAAUUCGCUAUUGUCCACAAUGGUAUCAUCACCAACUACAAGGAAAUUAAGCUCUUGCUCGAAAAGAAGGGUUACGUCUUUGAAAGUGACACUGAUACUGAAUGUGUUGCCAAGUUGACCAAGUACAUCUUUGAAUCUCACAACAAGGAACUCAACUUUAAUGAAUUGGUCAAGGCUGUCGUCAAGGAAUUGGAAGGUUCCUAUGCUUUCAUCUUCAAAUCCACCCACUUCCCUAACGAAGUUGUUGCUACCCGUCGUGGUUCUCCUCUCUUGAUUGGUGUCAAGACUGCCAAGAAGCUUAAGGUUGACUUUGUUGAUGUUGAAUUUGGUGGUAACCCUGCUGACAACAGCUUUGCUGCUGUUGAAGGUCAAGAUGGUUCUCGUCCUGCUUUGAACCGUUCUCAAUCCAGAGCUUUCUUGAGUGAAGAUGGUUUGCCUCAACCUAUUGAAUACUUCUUGGCUUCUGAUGCUUCUGCUAUUGUUGAACACACCAAGCGUGUUUUGUACUUGGAAGAUGAUGAUAUUGCCCACAUUGCUGAUGGUGAACUCCACAUUCACCGUGUUCGUCGUGCAAAGGAAGACAACACACCUGCUACUCGUUCUAUCCAAACCUUGGAAAUCGAAUUAGCUGAAAUCAUGAAGGGCUCUUUUGAUCACUUUAUGCAAAAGGAAAUCUACGAACAACCUGAAUCUGUUGUCAACACCAUGCGUGGUCGUGUUAACUUUGAAAACCAUGAAGUCACUUUGGGUGGUCUUCGUGGUUACACCAACAUCAUUCGUCGUGCUCGUCGUAUCAUUUUCAUUGCCUGUGGUACUUCUUACCACUCUUGUUUGGCUGUUCGUUCCAUCUUUGAAGAAUUGAACCAAAUUGGUACUCAAGCUGAACUUGCUUCUGACUUCUUGGACAGAGCCUCUCCUAUUUUCCGUGAUGAUGUCUGUGUCUUUGUCUCUCAAUCUGGUGAGACUGCUGAUACCAUCUUGGCUAUGCGUUACUGUUUGGAACGUGGUGCUCUCUGUGUUGGUGUCACUAACACCGUUGGUUCUUCCAUCUCUCGUGAAACCCACUGUGGUGUCCAUAUCAACGCUGGUCCUGAAAUCGGUGUUGCUUCUACCAAGGCUUAUACCUCUCAAUACAUUGCUUUGGUCAUGAUGGCUCUCCAGCUUUCUCAAGACACCACCUCUACUCAAAAGAGACGUGAAGAAAUCAUUGAUGGUCUUUACCGUUUGCCCGGUCACAUCAAGGAAGUCUUGGCCAUCGAUAGUAAGCUUCAAAAGCUCGCUUUGGAUGAUUUGGCUCAAGAAAAGAGUUUGUUGAUCUUGGGUCGUGGUUACCAAAACGCCACCUGUCUCGAAGGUGCUUUGAAGAUCAAGGAAAUCUCAUACAUUCACAGUGAAGGUAUCUUGGCUGGUGAACUCAAGCACGGUCCUUUGGCUUUGAUUGAUGAACACAUGCCUGUCAUCUUGCUCAUGACUCAAGACAGUCUUUACCCUAAGGUUCAAUCUGCCCUUCAACAAGUCGCUGCUCGUAAGGGUAACCCUAUUGUUAUCUGUAACACUGGCGAUCAAAACUUGGUCAACAACCACAAGACCAUUGAAGUUCCCAAGACCAGUGAUUGUUUGCAAGGUUUGAUCAACAUCAUUCCUCUUCAAUUGCUUUCUUACCACCUUGCUAUCUUGAAGGGUGUUGAUGUUGAUUUCCCUAGAAACCUCGCCAAGUCUGUCACUGUCGAGUAAAGAGACUUUUUAAAUUUUUUUCUUUCUACAUCAUUGCAUCCAUUUAUACACACCCACACCCACAGAAGCAUUUAUAUAUAUUUCUCACAAAAAAAUAUUCAUUUUUGUUCAUUUCCCCAUCUAUACACACGUACCUUUUUUUAAAAAAAUAAAAUAAAGAUACAGUUACAGUCUAUUCACAAGG